CCCCCCUCUCCCCCCCUUGGGGCUUCCACGCAUGCGCAGGGAGGGGCCGGCCUGGCUUUUCGGUGAAGUACGGUGGCCCGGAGAGGUCAGAUGUGGACGCGAAUGGUGGUGAGACGCGGCGUGGUCCGAGCCGGCUCGCUGGCAGAGCCCAGCACAGGUAUACAAUUUCAAGGAUGACUGGUGUGGACAUGAAAAAGACGAUGAUAACAAAGCAUGGAGAGUGCACUCCACAGAUGCUCUUCAGAUAGGCCCAGCAGAGAAACAAAUCUCAGUGCUGUGCUCAUGAUUAAGGCAGCACGAGGCCCUUGUACAGAUGACCAACCUGGAACCACCAUGAGGGCUGUGGGCAGCAGGUCCUGGUGCCCACACAUGAUGCAGGCAGCCUCCCUGUGAGGCUUUCCAGUGCCCUCCUGAGCUACUGAGUCAGCUCUCUUCUGUGUCCUCAUCUGUAUCUAAACUGUUUUGUUCCUCCAACUUCUGUGAUCUCAAGACAGAAUGAGAGCAUUCCCAGAGGCCCUGUGUGUGAAAGGAUUUUCCGUCCUCUUUUGCCUGUGCUGUAGCAGCAUGUUUUCUCUCACAUUGAUUGUUUCAAAAGCCUUGUCUGGCCUUGAAUGUGUCAUGUGUAUACCCCACACUUUCCACCACCCCCCUUCCUGGUCUCCAACAUGGCAAAAAAAGUCUGGAACCACCAGAGCAUCUAAAUUUGCAUUCAACUGCUUCACCGAAGAAACAUCUUAGAGAUUCAUUUUAUUUCACUUACAAUGUGGGGUUGUUGACCCUCUUCCAUGAUACAUUUUGGAAAUCAAAAUGGAAGCUUUCUUCAAAGUUUUGGACCAGUUAUACAAGAAGGUUCUUCUUGGAGCCACCCUUGAAAAUGACAUCCAUGGUUACAUGUUUUACCUCAACCCAGAGCUUUCAGAACAAGCUUGCUGUACAGCCUCCUUAGCAUGGUCAAACAGCAAUGGUAAGGUUGGUGGUGUGCCAGGCCAACCUAGGCUAUCCUCCAGUGAGGUCAUAACCAUUCCUGAACCUGGGGAGUGUGCAGAGAGACACUCCCAGAUGAGCAGGGCCCGAGAAGUGAAGCUCCUUCAGUUAACCGUGAUGAAUGUGAUGCUGACCAGAGUGCUGUCCUCUGAAACUGAGACCCGAGCCAAGGAAGAGUACAGAGAAAUAACUGGAGUCCUUUUACAGUCAGCUGAAAUCGAUUCUAAAUUGAUCUGCAUGCUCCAAAAUCCGGAUAAGCUGUUGUCUCACAUGGCUGCAAAGUGCCUUGCGUCACUUCUCUACUUCCAGCUCAGAGAAAAGAUAACAUUAAGUAAUUCUUGGAUUGCUUUUGGCCAGAAACAUCUCUCUGAAUACUCUGAGAGUGAUGCAGUAGUGCACUUCCUCUGGAUUUCUACAGUUGUAAUAAAAGAAAUCUUGAAAGAUACAUGUUCACAGAAAACAGAAGUUCUACAGCAGCUCUUGACUCCUUUCGACGCUGCUUUUGAAGUGUUCCAUGCUGCCUUAUUUUCUCAGCAUUUUGAAAACUGCCGGGAUCCUGCUAAAAAAAUAAACUGCUUGAUGUGUUUCCUGGAACUGCUCGAGCUUCUUACAGCCUCCAGAAUCCACCUGAAGUUACAUUGUAGGAGCCAAAGAAUGUUAUUUUUAAAACCAUGUGUUUUGGAAGUUCUUACCUGGCCCAUUCAGGCUUUUGUCAAAAGGAAGUUGAUAAUACUCAUUAAAAGGUGCCUUCUCUAUAAGGUGGGGGAAGAUCUCUGCCGUGGAUCUGUGCCUGCCUUGAUAUCAGCAGACCAUCUUCUGGAAGCCGACAUGCUGGCUCUAGCUGAUGCAGUUCUGCAUGCUGUGCAGCUGGGCUUGUUGAAGGCUUUGUCUGUUCAUGGAAGGCCUUCUGGCUUUGGAGGCGAAAUUCAGGCUAGAUGUGAACAUAGUUCUGGUGCUGAUCAUGUGAUGCUUAGAGCAGCAAGCUUAAUUACAAUGAAAUCCCUAGAAAUCAAGUUGCAGAACUGUAACUCUGCAAAUGAAAUGAAAGUUGACUUGCAGAAGUUCAUGUCUGAGUUACUGACCUUCUUAAAGCCUCACCUUCAGCCCUCACUGCACUUCCAUAACCCAUGUGAAUGGCUGUCCAGGGUCUUCAUAGAACAGGACGAUGACAUGCUGGAGGCUGCCAAAGCGUCCCUGAGCAUCUACCUCAAGUUGGCCAGAGAAUGGGAAGCUGCUGAAAGUUUGACCCAAGAAAAAGAAGCAUGGAUCAGCCACACACAUGGAACUGGCUGUAACCCUCACUGUAUUUUCCUAUUCUUCUUAAAAAAUAUAGCAUUUGAUUCUACAGUUCUUCUUGACUUUUUGAUUUCAUCAGAAACCUGUUUUCUUGAAUAUUUUGUUAGAUAUUUAAAAUUACUGCAGAGAGACUGGGUUCACUUCCUUACCAUCUGCAAGUUCUUUGAUGCAAAUGAGUCUCAAUGUGACAUAAAUAUUUGUGGCCUUGUCCCCUCACUCAGCCAAGACAGACACGCUGACCAGACAGCACUUCAUGCUCUGACUCCUCCUGGAGGCCCCAGAGAUGCUCUUGUGAGGUUCCCCUGGGCUUCAGAAGACCCCUCUGAACCCCACGACCAGGUUUCAAUGCCCAAGGAGACCCACCCUGUGAGAGCUCAUAGCUUGCCUUCCCCCUGGAUCCCAAAAAGUCUGGUAGAUUAUGACAGCUCAGAAGAUUCUGAUGUGGAAGCCACAGACCAGUGUUCAGCAAACAUGGAACAGACAUCUUUUUAUCAAGAAACCAUCAGGAAAAUUCAAGACCCAGCCGGGACAAGUAGGGAUCUAGAAGAACUUAGCCUAGAGCCUCAGUCAAGGCCUCCAAUUCCUGAAGAAUCUAACCCUCCCUUCUCUGCUGAAGUAGAUCUAGAUAAUCCUGUGUCAGAAGUGGCAAUGCUUUAUAGAACUGUGAAAUGCCUUGGAGACCUACACGAUGCCAUUUACCGUUUGCAGAAGAAGAAUCUCUUCCCAUAUAACCCAACCGCACUUCUGAAACUGUUAAGAGGGGUGGAGGCUAUAAGUGAUAAAGUGUGAACCCUGCGCAGUACAACAGCGCUUUGUUUACAGGAAUUGUUUUUCUUUCAUAUAUAUAAAUUAUAUCUCAAUGAGAUAAUUAAAAACAAAACAAAGUUUUCUAA